AUGAUUAAUGUGGUGUCAUUCAACAAUGGUCCUUCUCACCUCUCCACACCUCAUCUCACUCAUCAAAGCCUUUUCAGCCUCAGUUGUCUCUCACUGCUGUACUCAUAGGCUGUCCUUAGUCUUUCUGCACCACAAAUGUCAUGCCUUCUCAAGCAUUUUUAUAUCCGAGACCUAUUGUAUCCAGUGAUGUGAGGGGAAUUCUCAGUUUAGCAUAGUCACGUGAUGAAUCAGAGCUACAGAUUAAGAAUUCAUCAGGGAUUCAUAUCUCAAGUGAAAGGUGCAUAUCUAGAAUUGGUCAGCAAGAAACCAGCAGGUUAUUCAAAAUAUUUUCCAAAGGACACCAGAAAAAUGUUAAAAAGAUAG